AUGUUACAAUGGAAAUGGCUUUUAUUUUUAAUAAUUCUUGUUGUUGUUUUAAUUUUUCUAACUAUAUAUCUUCUUAUAAAACGUCACCGUGGUCAUGGAUAUUUUCUAUCGAAAUUUUCUGCUUUUACACGUAUACGUUUUAGUGGGCUUGAAAAAAGACGGCAAACGUAUUGUCCAGCUAAUAAUAAAUGUCAAUGUCAUCUAAAAGGUUCUGCUGCACAUAUUGAACCUAAUUUAUUAUGUACACAUCGUUCACCAACAUUAUAUAUGAGUUUUGCUGGUGCUGCAAUGGUUGUUGGAGGUGUACGAACAACAGAAUGGCGUGGUUCAAUGAGAGAAAUACAUCGUGAUACAAAUGAUGAAUUUGAUGCAUUAUUUUUUACAGAUCCAGCACAAUGUUUUUACUUACAAGAUCCAGAUUAUCAAUGGGAAGGUUUAACAUAUUAUCGUAAUUUAAUAAAAUUAUAUGGUACACUUUAUCAACGUGUUAUUUUAAUUGGUGCUAGUCUUGGUGGAAGUAUGGUAUGUAUGUGUGCAGAUUUAGCAACAGUAUCAAUUGCAUUUAAUCCCAUAUUAGAUCCAGUUUUACUUGGUUUACAUUGGCGUAUAAUGGGUGCUUUUUGUCCAGCAAGACAAGCAGAAGUUGUUCGAAAUCAAGUACAUAACACUAUGGAAAAAAUAAAUACUAAUAAAAAUGAUCAUAAUUGUGUACUUCAUAUACAUUGGAGUCAAUUAUCAAAAGCUGAUCAAAGACAAGCACAUGGAGUUAUUGGUGGUGGUAAACAUAGCAAACCUAUACAAACGGAAUGUUUAACAUCAGUACUUGAUUUUGAUAUUGAUAAUGCAAAUAUGAGUACUAGUUCAGGUGUUCAUAUAUGGUUUCAUAGAUCUAAAGAACAUAUAUUAGCUAUGCAGUUAAAACGAACUAACCAAUUGAUACCAAUGUUAAAACGUCAUUUAACGGCAACAUCAAUAGGUUUAAAUACAAUUAGUCAUAUAUUAGACGAAAAACAACGACAAGAUCUAGUUAUUAUCAAUAUUUCUUUAUGA